CCAGUGUGGAUGAACUCAUGACAGUACUUUAUCCAGAAUAUUGGAAAAUGUUCAAAUGUCAGUUGAGGAAAGGAGGCUGGCAGCAAAAUGGAGAGCACUCCGAUCCCGACACAGUGAAAGAAGAUAAUGUCAAAUUUGCUGCGGCACACUAUAAUGCAGAGAUUUUGAAAAGUAUUGAUAAUGAGUGGAGAAAGACUCAGUGCAUGCCACGUGAGGUGUGUAUAGAUGUGGGGAAAGAGUUUGGAGCAGCAACAAACACCUUCUUUAAACCUCCAUGUGUAUCCAUCUACAGAUGUGGAGGCUGCUGCAACAGUGAGGGACUGCAGUGUAUGAACACCAGCACAAGUUACCUCAGCAAGACGUUGUUUGAAAUUACAGUGCCGCUCUCCCAUGGUCCCAAGCCAGUUACCAUCAGUUUUGCCAAUCAUACCUCCUGCAGAUGCAUGUCCAAACUGGAUGUUUAUAGACAAGUUCAUUCAAUUAUUAGACGUUCCCUGCCAGCAACACAGUCACAGUGUCAUGCAACUAACAAGACAUGCCCCAAAAAUCAUAUCUGGAACAAUCACAUCUGCAGAUGUCUGGCUCAGCAAGAUUUUAUUUUCUCCUCCAGUACUGGAGACAGUGAUACUUCAGAUGGAUUCCAUGAUAUCUGUGGACCCAACAAAGAACUGGAUGAAGAAACCUGCCAGUGUGUAUGCAAAGGAGGAUUGAGACCUUCAAGCUGUGGCCCCCACAGAGAACUGGACAGAAACUCCUGCCAGUGUGUGUGUAAAAACAAACUUCUACCCAGCUCAUGUGGAGCCAACAAAGAGUUUGAUGAAAACACAUGUCAGUGUGUAUGUAAGAAAAGCUGCCCAAGGAAUAUGCCACUAAAUCCUUCAAAAUGUACCUGUGAAUGUACAGAAUCUCCAAGUAGAUGUUUAUCAAAAGGAAAGAAGUUUCGGCAACACAACUGCAGUUGUUACAGACCACCAUGUCUGGUUAAAAUGAGGCGUUGUGAGCCAAGAUUUUCAUUCAGUGAAGAAGUAUGUCGUUGUGUCCCUUCACAUUGGAAAAGACCGCAUAUGAACUAGAUGGCACCAUCUGCCAGUUGAACAUACAGUUUUCCAUGAGGAAAAUCAGACUAUAGUGCCAUCAUUUGGAACUCUUGAUAGAGACCCUGUUGGGGCCACGGUAACAAAGACCCAAAUGAUUUUUCCUGAACAAUAUGGAUGGGGCUCAUUUGCAUAAAGAACUCAUUUUAAGGACCCAUUUUCUGCCAAUGACCAAACAGCCUAGGUUUUUUUUUUCCUUUGUGAUUUUUUAAAAAAGAUAAUGACUAUAUAAUUUAUUUCCACUAAAAAUAUUGUGCAGCAUUCCUGUUUAUAGCAAUAACAAUUGUUAAAGCUCACUGUGAUCAAUAUUUUUAUAUCAUGCAAAGUAUGUUUAAAAUAAAGUGAAAAUGUAUUAUAAACUCUUAAUAAUGCUCACUCAGUCCAUUAACCUAUUACAUG